AUGCAGUCCUCCAAUUCGGCUGAUCAAGCGGAUCUGGUUGUCGACAUUGGGUCAGGUGGCCACGCAAAUGCCAAAACGAUCGUGACCGAAGUCAUCGCGGCUAUUCUUACUAUUGCCAGCCUAUACACCGGCGUAACAAAUUUCUGUGCAUCUUUUGCCAGGGCUGGACUGGCAGCGGCCCAACCCAUAGACACAGAAGCGGCCAACUUGUACUCAAAAAUGGCCUCGGUCUAUCUUCAAAGAGGACUUGCCUCCGUCGCCAUCACUUCUCUCAGUGGUCUGACUCUAUACAACAUGGACCCAUUCGAUCUUGGCUCGGAAACAGACACAGUUCCCGACGACGCAGCUGGCGAUGAUAGCGCUAACCCGAUUAUACUUGCUUUCGAUUCUAUCUAUCAAGAGAGUAACCCUGACGACCGCCUUUGCUGUACUCUAGGCGAGAACGUAUGGGAGAAUUAUGAUUGCAGGAUGACUUCUGUCGCACUGGUAGUGCAGUCUGAUGGAUCCACCGUGCUGGUACCGAUGCCGAACCUCUAUCGCGCUUGGACAUAG